UCGGGGGUGGUGGGAGAAGGAGGAGGCAGCAAAUCACUUAUAAAUGGCGCCCAAGCAGGACCCGAAGCCCAAAUUCCAGGAGGGCGAGCGAGUGCUGUGCUUUCAUGGGCCCCUUCUCUAUGAAGCAAAGUGUGUAAAGGUUGCCAUAAAGGACAAACAAGUGAAAUACUUUAUCCAUUACAGUGGUUGGAACAAAAAUUGGGAUGAAUGGGUUCCAGAAAGCAGAGUUCUCAAAUAUGUGGACACCAAUUUGCAAAAACAGCAAGAGCUUCAAAAGGCCAAUCAGGAACAAUAUGCAGAGGGCAAGAUGAGAGGGGCUGCUCCAGGAAAGAAGACAUCUGGUCUGCAGCAGAAAAAUGUUGAAGUGAAAACCAAGAAGAACAAGCAGAAAACACCUGGAAAUGGAGAUGGUGGCAGUACCAGUGAGACGCCUCAGCCUCCUAGGAAGAAGAGAGCCCGGGUAGAUCCUACAGUUGAAAAUGAAGAAACAUUCAUGAACAGAGUGGAAGUUAAAGUAAAGAUUCCGGAAGAGCUGAAACCAUGGCUUGUUGAUGACUGGGACUUGAUCACCAGACAAAAGCAGCUUUUUUAUCUUCCUGCUAAGAAGAAUGUGGAUUCCAUUUUGGAGGAUUAUGCAAAUUAUAAGAAAUCUCGAGGAAAUACAGAUAAUAAGGAGUAUGCCGUCAAUGAGGUUGUAGCAGGGAUAAAGGAGUACUUCAAUGUAAUGCUGGGCACUCAGCUGCUCUACAAAUUUGAGAGACCACAGUAUGCUGAAAUUCUUGCAGAUCAUCCUGAUGCACCCAUGUCCCAGGUGUAUGGAGCGCCACACUUACUGAGAUUAUUUGUGCGAAUUGGAGCAAUGUUGGCCUAUACACCUCUAGAUGAGAAAAGCCUUGCUUUAUUACUGAACUAUCUACAUGAUUUCCUCAAGUACCUGGCAAAGAAUUCUGCAACCUUGUUCAGUGCCAGUGAUUAUGAAGUGGCUCCUCCUGAGUACCAUCGGAAAGCUGUGUGAGGGGGCGUGCCCUCUCCCGCUCGUGCUUGGAUCUCUGUAAACAGUUUGGUUCUUAGUCCUUCUCUUGUACAAAUGAUGUACUUUGAAGACGCGUUAGUGUAUAACAGAAUUGAUGUUUGUUUUCUCUUUGAUUUUAAACAGAGAAAAUAAAAGGAGUCGCUGCUCCUUUUUCCUUUCUUUUUUUCAUUUCAAAGUUUCUACCAGUGUAUUCAGUGAUGGACAGCAGAGGGACAUUCUGUAGAGUGUUUUAUUGCCUAGUUGAUAAAGCUGCUUUUGAAUGCU